AUGUCCUCCAAAGCAGGAAGCGUGGAGACCAUGUUGGAGGCCAUCCAGGGCAAGUUGGAGGCUCUGCAUGCAGAUAUCAAGAAGUUUGCUUCCCAUAGUGUUUCCUUCCACAAUGGAGAAAGCUCUUUCUCCCGCUCGACCCCCGUUCGGCAACUCUCAAACGGAAAUAUAAUCUUGCACACGCCAAAGAUCCCUAUUGGGCGUGCAUCGCGCUUAUGUGCGUCAAACUUUGCCGAAACAGUAACUCCAACGGGCACCACAUCUCCCUCUUUUCUUCCUGUUAUAUCAGGCGGCGGCAGCGGCAGCGGCAGCGGAGGCGGAGGAGGAGGAGGAGGAGGAGGAACUGGACGCGCCGGAUUUCAAGAAAAAUCGAUUUCUGUGGAGUCGCCGGAUUCUCUACAUAAUCGACGAAGGGCAGAAGCGGCAAAGCAGAAGCUGCGGGAGUUUGUGAAACCAAUGAUAUCACCUCCAGAGGAAAAGAACGUCCCAGAGCUGCGCAGUGCCCCUUGUGCGUGGCUGCUAAGCAUUGCAAUCGCCUGCAGCUACAUUUCUGGCGAACGCAUCACCAUUGAAGACAUUCUUCGACAAAAUCGUCUUGGGCUUCACUACGUUUCUUUCCCUUCUGUGACGCUUGCGGAGCUUUUUGACGUUACAAGUGAGUUUCUCACGAACCACCCCAAGUUGCGGGAAAUGCGUCUUCGCUGUGAGGUGGCAACCUUUGACACCGAGACGCGGGAUGAGCUGGGAGACUUCAUGGGCAUGGGAGAACGCCUGCCCAUCAUGACCCUCUCCCAGUUUCGCAAGGAUCUCUCCAAGAAUGACCCGCAGUCUAUAUGUAUUGUGAACUUUGAUCCCUACCUGAUUGAGCAACACGAAAUACGCAUGCGACUUAAUUACAUGGAAUUAAAUGACUCAGAGCAUCCGCUGGAAACAGUUACUCCACGGUGGCCCAGAAACAAUCAAGGUACGUUUGGUUUGAUUCUUAGCUUUAGCCCCGCUUUGCACUCUGUUGUCGUAGGUACGCCAAUCUUAUUGGAGGAUGGCCGUAUCGUGAUUGAAGAACACACCGUCCCUCUACAAGUCCUCUAUAAGGCUCUCUGCGUCAAGGAUAACUACUGUAAUCGUUCUCGGGGCUUUGUGCGUCUAUUUUUCAGUGAUCAGUUUAUUGAAAAGGUUCCGUCUAUCUUUCCUCUAAAUCUCCUUGACGGCUCUCUUGCUGGCGGUAUGCUGUCCACGGCGCUUGACACGUCCAUUGCUCCCCAUAUUCUUGGGAUGUCGCUUAUGCACCACCUCGUGGUCAACGUGCUUCUUGACGAGGCGGAGCGACGGCGACAAAAUGCCGCAGAUUUCCACGGCGUGGUGUUGCGAGGUAUUCCUGUCACAAUGGUUUGCCAGCAGCUUGACUUGUGUAUCACGACCAUUGUUGGUGGGAGCAAAAGGGUUUCCGUUGCUUCUGCGUUUAGCUGGUAUCGCGUCCUUUUGCAGAAGUUAAAGCUUGAAAAAACUAUAGCAACUGGGAUUGUGCUUGUAGAACGUCGUGGCGGGGAUGAAGAUGGACCAGUAAAUAUUGCGGAUGAUGUCUUUAUGAAGCAUAUCGAGCUUGCUGUGGAAAGUGGGAGUGUGUUGCUUAUCGGGUUUGACGUAAACAUUGCCCUCAAUGUCAAGGUGGACAACCGACCUGAACCGUGCCAUUUUGCCAUUGCUAUUGGCAUAGAUCAGCAACGUGGCAUAGUGAGGUUGGCCGACGUGAACGUGAAAAAGUACCGUAAGACCUGGCACCUACCGGUCACUAGGCUCUACUCCGCCGUCAUUGGCUACGGCUAUAUUUUGGCAGCCAAGUCGCAGAAAAUCAUUGACGAGCUGAACGCCGCGGGGUUUGAGAAGACUGUCCUGAGUGAAGCUCGCUAUUCACUUCCACCGAUGCAGCGGAUGCUGCGCUUUGAGUAUCCGGCCAAAAAUUACGUUGUCACCGUCCUCGCUGACGCUUUUGACCGUCUUGGAUUUAAGGCAGAUGUGAAGAGGGUCGUGAAUUACAGCGGAUUCCAUCUCUCCUUUAUGCUCUCGGCGCAUUUGCCUUUAGAAAACGCGGCCACUGUGGCACGCAACUACUCUCACACGCACGCGGAAGACGGCGUGAGUGUUGUUACGAGGCACAUGGACAAGGAGGCGCCGCAUUCCACCACCAGUGGCCUGCAGCAACAAAUCCGAGCUGCGGUACAGUCCCCAAAGUCACGUUGCCUAAUUGUGAAUUUUCAGGCUUCCCUCAUACACUCCAAUAAGGAGGUGUGGAAUGGCAGCGAUGGCGGCUCGUACGCGAUUGUGCUUGACUUCGAUGAGGAAAAAUCGCUUGUGACACUUAGUGACGCUAACCAGGAAUCGUUUUAUAGAACUUGGCUAUGCCCGUUGGAUGUGCUUUUUGAAGCUCUAUCUGCUGUAGACUCGAUCUCCCUACGUGCUAGAGGCACUCUCAUGCUUACUGCUUCCUCGCAGCACGAUAUGUACCUUGAUUGCUAUGGUUAUGAUAUGCGUCAUUCACUUGUGCACCAUCCUUUUAAACCAAGUGUUUGGCCUGCGUUUCAUUGUCUUGCCUUGGUCGCAUCUGAAAUGAGCAGCGGGGACUCGACGAAUGGUCAGUGCCUGCAGUUUUCGGCGGAGGAUUUCCUUUACUCAAUGCCAUCCUUUUCCGUUUACACCGUGCUCGCAAAGGAGUUGGAGAGCGAGCACAUUGUGGCCCUCGCCAACACUGCCUUUGAGCGGCUGGGGAUUGCGCUCGAGGCCAAGGUUGUAGAUGUCGCGGUGGCAGGCUCUUUUUUAAAGGCGUGCUGUGAUGAGAUGGUUAAGGGGAAGCCGGUUACUAUGACGCUGCUGGGAUACGACACACGGCCGAUCCAUAGAGUUGCGGGGUUCUCGUUUGGGGUCAUUAACCGCGUACGCGGAACAGGAAAUGAGGGAACCAUACAACUGGUGGAGGGCAAUGGCUGUGCCUUUGGGUCUGUCUGGGAGCGUCCAGCGCAGGAGCUACAGCAUGCGGUGACAGCAAUGGUGAGGAUUAUGCGGCGUUGA